AACCAUUCGAUAGUAUCGAUAGCACAAUCGAUAGUUUACACCUCUAACCCUAAUUAUUGAUGGUGUAUUUGUCAUUCCAAAGCCCAGGCUGUUUUGGUUAAUAUAAAUAACAGAUAUAUAGAUUAUAAGGAUUAACCAUAUUACGUUUGGUCGUUCCUUUAUGUGAGUUUGUUUACGCUACGUUUAUUGCUUAGGUGUUAAAUUUCAAAAUGCAUUUAUUUGGUUCCUCUUCAAAAAAAAUACCGAAAAUGAAAUUCUGAAAGUUAUUUUGUGGGGAAUCAGUUCAUAACCCAAGCAAGAAAGACUAGAAAUUCGCGAAAGCCAUUAACUUUUAUUUGCCUAUAUCGAUAUCGUAUAAGAGUUAAUCUUUUAACAAAAAAGCGGGAUGUUUAGUAUAAGUGAGCUUUGUUGCAUGUUUUGCUGCCCACCAUGCCCAGGACCGAUCGCUGCAAAAUUAGCAUUCCAACCGCCGGAACCCACCUAUAAAUUGACACCAGCAGACGAUUCUAAUGUGAAGUACAACUUGCAUUUAUUUGAACGAGCAGAAUGGCAGUAUUCAGAACGCGAUAAGUCAAAGGUUGAAUCGUUCUUCACCAGAACCGCGCGUGGAAAUCUUAUUACUUGUAUAUAUGUGCGUUGUAGUAGAAACGCGAAGUAUACUCUGCUUUUUUCACAUGGGAAUGCAGUUGACCUAGGACAAAUGAGCAGUUUCUAUAUAUCGCUUGGUUCACAGCUAAAUUGUAAUAUAUUUGGCUAUGAUUAUUCUGGAUAUGGAAUGAGUGGCGGAAAACCAUCAGAAAAGAAUCUAUAUGCUGACAUCGAAGCCGCUUGGCAUGCGCUAAGAACCAGAUUUAAUAUCAGUCCCGAAACCAUUAUUUUAUAUGGGCAAAGUAUUGGAACAGUGCCGACGGUUGAUUUGGCUACAAAGCAUGAAGUUGGUGCAGUUAUUCUUCAUUCCCCAUUAAUGUCUGGAUUAAGAGUGGUUUUCCGCAACACAAAGAGAACAUGGUUUUUUGAUGCAUUCCCAAGUAUUGACAAGGUUUCCAAAGUGAAGUCACCUGUUCUUGUAAUACAUGGAACCGAUGAUGAGGUCAUAGAUUUUUCACAUGGGAUCGGCAUAUAUGAGCGCUGUCCAAAAGCUGUGGAACCUUUAUGGGUGGAG